AUGGAUGGUAACUCCUUUAAUGGACAUGAUUCCACAACAACUCUUGCAAGAAAAAGGAGGAGGCUUUUGUUGUCAAAAAAGAAACUCUCUAACCUGGGCCAGAACAAAGAAAACGAACCAACAUCAACACCUACUGCUGGGACAUUGCCCGGCUGUUCCAGGGACACUGCAACAAGAUAUCCUCUCCAGUCCACUAACUCUAACGACUCCCACACUCUACCAUCUCAGUGGCAUUUGGACAUUUUGCAAAACAAAAAAAGAUCAAGAAUUAUUGCUGCCAAUAGGGUGAAUCUGUUCAACCGUUUCAACAAUGCAGACACUUCUCCAUCGUUCCAUGUAGGUGAAUCAUCAAACAUCAGCAAGCGGCAAAGAUUCACCCAAAAACAACUACUCAUUACAACCCCUGCUGCUCUUAACAAUCCCCACACUCCUCCUGAUAUAACAAAUCCACAUUAUGGUUCCUAUCCUAAUCCUAAUGUAAGUAGAACAAGUUAUUCCUCCGAUGAUUCCAAUGGAGAUUCUGAAGAUUGCGACUCAUUUGGACACAACUCUGAUUCAGAUGAUUCCAUGGAACCUCAUGAUAUUCUUGAUCAACACAACCAGUCUUAUUCUGACAUUGGUGACCCGGUGUGGGAAUGUUUAAUUUGCCAAGCUUGCAUGUGGAGCGGUAAAAUUGUUUUACCAUACAUGAAACAACCACCUUUACUGUUAGAAAAGUUACUUCAUCACAAAACUGAUCCUGAGAGCAAGAACUUUCAGGCCAAUAUAAGAACAUACAAUGCAAUGUUUUCUUUUACAUCUCCGGGGAUGAAAUUUGACACCACCAUUCCCAAGGGAGGAGGUCCUCCAACGAUGCGCCUUCACGGUCAAACAUGUCACCGGAUAGGCAGUCUUGUACCACUGCAGGGUGCACUACCACAAUAUGCCCAAUUGUACAUUUACGACACUGACCACGAAAUUACAAAUAGAAUGCGUUGUUUCAAGGACAAUACAUCUAUUGAAACAGCUAUUGUAGCUAAGUUAAAGAGGAUGUUGGAUGAUAACAAUGUUCUUGUGAAAGCAUUUAGAAUGGCACGUGAUAUGUUUAAGGCCAAUCCAUACGUCGAAUUAAGGCUGAAACUUAUCAGUGAUAGACAUGACGAUGGUCGUGUGUAUAAUAUGCCGACUGUUGCGGAGGUUGCUGCCCUUAUUGUUGGAGAUGUUGACACAGGUGAAAUGAGAGACCUUGUGGUCCAAUACCGGAGUGGUAAAUUACAAAGAAUUGAUGAAUUCAAUCCAAGUUAUCUUUCAUAUCAAUACCCAUUGAUUUUUUGCUACGGUGAAGACGGUUACCGGAAUAAUAUCCUUCACAAGUAUCGAGAUGAGACAACUGUUACAAGGAAGAAUAGGCAAUCUAUCAAGGAUUGGCUGUGUUUUCGUCUCCAAGAACGCACAGAUGAACCUAAAACAUUAUUGUACUCAAGGAAACUUUUUCAACAAUUUUUGGUUGAUGGUUACGCUAUGAUGGAAUCAGAACGUCUCAAUUGGCUACGAAAUAAUCAAUCAAAGUUAAGGGUCGGAAAAUACAAUAAUUUGCAACAAAGGUGUGACCAGGGAGAAAAGAAUCCAGGUAACAAACAAGGUAAACGUGUUGUUGUACCUUCUUCUUUUGUGGGAAGCAAACGGUACAUGGAUCAACUGUACUUCGAUGGUAUGGCCAUUUCAAGCAGAUUGGGGUUCCCAGAUUUGUUUAUCACGUUCACAUGCAACCCAAAUUGGCCUGAGAUUACACGGUUGCUGUCCCCGAAAAACUUAAAACCCCAUGAUAGGCCAGACAUUGUUGCUAAAGUUUUCAACAUCAAGUUUAAAGAGCUUAUGGUUGACCUAACAAAAAAACAUAUUCUUGGAAAAGUUAUGGCAUUUAUGUAUACAAUUGAGUUUCAAAAGCGAGGCUUACCCCAUGCACACAUUUUGAUCUUCUUGCACCCCCAAAGCAAGUAUCCAACUCCGUCCGACAUUGAUAACAUAAUUUGCACAGAGAUUCCUGAUCCUGAAAUUCAUCCUGCUUUAUACGCACUGGUGAAAUCCCAUAUGAUUCAUGGACCGUGCGGUCUUUCGCGGCCUGAUUCACGCUGUAUGAGAAAUCGGUAA